AUGACCCAGAUUAUAGGUGGUGCACUAACCGAUAAAUUCGGUGGUAAGGUGGUAUUGGGUAUAGAUUAUUCAGGAAUCAGCAAAGAUGAAUUAGAUUGGAUUUUAGGAAAGAAAUUGACUAUUAGUAAAUCGACCGAUAAAUUUACUGAUUUUUCUGAAAAUCAAAUAAGUCACAAUCAACCAUGUUCCAGUGAAUAUGUUACUAUUUCCGACAACAAUCUUGGUCUUUCUCGAAGUGAAAAUGAUAUGUUAUUACCAAAGGAUCAAAUAUCAUCAAGAUCACAUAAAAUACAAAAGAUUCCUUGGAAAUUGUUGUUUUCUCGUCGUGAAGUAUGGGCAACAAUGCUUGGUCCAUUGUUUCAUG